AUGUAUACUGGACGAGGAUUAAAUCAAGAGCGUGGGCUUCAACCACCAGGUGAUACUCGUUGGGGUUCUCAUUAUAAUACGUUGGAUAACCUUGCUGUCCUAUUUCCAUCGAUUAUUCAUGUGCUUGAAUUUACUGCACAUGAAUGUCCAAACUAUGCUAACAGAAUUGUUGCUGAAAGUCUUAUGGUUUUAACAAUGACAAAUGAGUUGAGUUAUGCAUUACAAAGGAUGGAUCAAGAUAUUGUCAAUGCUUUGGGACUCCUUGCUCUUACAAAGCAACGAUUAAAAAUGAUGAGGAAGAGUGAAUUUGGAUCUUUAAUGGAAGAUGUAUCUUCUUUUUGUGAUAAACAUGAUAUAAUGAUUCCAAAGAUGGAUGCUCGCUACUUUCCUGGGAAGUUGAAGCAUAGAGCUCUUGAUGUUACAUAUUCUCAUCAUUUGCGUAUCGACAUUUUUUAUGCUGUUAUAGAUUUGCAUUUUCAAGAGCUUAAUCAUCGCUUUGAUGUUGUGAGUACUGACUUACUCCUUGGUAUGGCUAGCUUAAAUCCAGUUAAUUUAUUUGGUAAUUUUGAUAAGAACAGAAUAAUGAGGUUGGCCGAAUAUUAUCUGAAUGAGUUUGAUAGCAGCAAGCUUCGAGAUCUUAGUUGUCAGCUUGAUAGUUUUAUAGUUUAUGCCUGUGAUGUUGACAAGAGGUUCUUUGGCUUGAAGGGAAUUAGUGAUCUUGCUAAAGUGUUGGUUAAGUCAGAUCUGCAACAAACUUGGCCACUUGUUUAUUUGCUUAUCAAGUUGACUCUCAUUCUUCCUGUUGCUAUAGCUUCUGUGGAGCGAGCUUUCUCAUCCAUUAACUAUAUCAAAAGUGAACUUCGUAACAGCAUCGGUGAUGAAUUUUUAAAUAGUUGUUUAGUUUGCUAUAUAGAGCGUAAGAUAUUUGCAAGUGUCAAUAAUGACGCUAUUACUCAUCGUUUUCAACAUAUGAAAAGUCGUCGAGCACAGUUGUGA